GCUAAAGCUAACACUGUGUAUGUUCUGGAUCAUUCAUCUGUACAAAAUGGCUCCUAACAUAUUAAUUGUCAUUUCAGGCUCAAAAUAGCCAUUUUAUAUAGUGGUUCCAUUUUCCGUAUUUUAACUGUUAUUCACGGUAGCUUCCAAUUUGCUUCAUUUCGCGCACUAAACUUAUUAUACUCAUUAGCCACAUUAGCAUGUUUAAGCUAAUGAACUGCUGACGACACGCUCCGCACUUGUUAGCCGGUUUCUCCAAAAUAUGUCGCUACACGACGUGUAUCCGAGGGCGGGUAUCGACCCAGUUCUCGUAAGCGACCCACGCGUUAUCCAGAACUUGAGAGCCUUGGAGGAGAACCGUGGGUCCUCCAUUUUGACUAGCAUCCAGCAGGCAGGCAUCUACCACCGCAUAAGGAGGACACUAAUAGCAUGGAUGCUACAGGUGUGCGAGGAGCAGAAAUGUGAAGAGGAGGUGUUCCCGCUAGCGGUCCACUACCUGGACUCUUACCUGCGCAUCCAUGCCGUGGAGACGUGUGACCUGCAGCUUGUGGCCGCGGUCACCAUGCUGCUGGCCUCCAAGAUGAGAGAGACUGUUCCCCUCAUGCCCUGGAAGCUCUGCGUGUACGCUGAUGACUCCAUUUCGGUGGCAGAUAUCCUGCAGUGGGAAGCAUCUGUGGUUUCCAAGCUAGGCUGGGCCCUGGCGUCCGCCGUGCCCUCGGACUUUCUGGAACCGAUCCUUCACUCGCUAUCCUUUCUUGAAGCCCGGCACCUUCCCAGCCUGCGCCGACAUGUCCACUCUUACGUGGCCUUGGCAGCCAUCGAAUUGAAGUUUUCCGACUUCCUGCCUUCCACUCAUGCGUGUGCUUGCGUUUGCGCCGCUAGCCAGAGGCUCGGCGCGGCGGACUCGCCCGAAUCACUGCUCAAGUUCCUGGCCAAGCUCCUGGUCAUCGAUAUGGACGCUCUCCUCCUCUGCUACAAGCAACUACAGAAAGCAGUGGAUCUCACCCUGCAUUCUCCGAUCCGAGACACUGUUUGCACGUCGGAGGUCAGCCACGCCCUCGCCGAUGUUGCCGAUAGCCAGCUGGAAACUCCUCCCUCCCGGCACAGGCAAGUGUCAGCCACAUGCGAGAACAAGAUGGAGCAGGCCUAAAUGUGUUUUUACCCACACAUAAAUUUGAUUCGUAGCGUGGGGAUCGCAUAUGCGAGGAAUUUAUAGUAUUUCAAGAAAAAAGCUGCAUUUGAGCUUUGUCAUAUCGGUGAAAAAGCCUAUUAACAUUUUUUUUUCUGUGUAUUCAUAUCUUCACUUUAUUCCCACAAUUUUUUACCCCAAAAAUUCCAUCUUUAUUUAGUUUCGUUUCUAAUAAA